CAGAUCCAACAUGGUGGUUUCCAGGGAUGUACACACGUGUGCUAGUUCGUGAAAACCGUAAUAGUGAAGUUAUACAGUAAUUCACCCGCCUGACUUUGAUUAUCCACGCGUAUUAGGCUAUUGUAGGGUUGUGUUUGAAAUCGCCACCAUGUCCGGGAGAAAUAACAACAAGCUGCCGACCAACCUGCCACAGCUGCAGAACCUCAUAAAGAGAGACCCGGCUUCUUAUACUGAAGAGUUUUUACAACAGUAUAAUCACUACCUGUCCAAUGUCGAAGUCUUCAAGCUUCAACCGGAUAAAGCCAACAAGGAGCUGGCUACACUGGUGAUGUUCAUGGCUCAGACUGCUCAUUGUUAUCCAAUUCACCUUGAAAAUUUCCCGGAGCAGAUGAAAUCGCUACUUUAUUCAUAUCACACGGUGAUGGAGCCAGACCUGAGAAUGACACUCUGCAAAGCUUUAAUCAUGCUGAGAAACAAGGAUUUGAUCAACCCCUCGAUUAUCCUGGAGCUUUUUUUUGAGCUUCUGAGAUGUCCCGAUAAACUUCUGCGAAAAACAUUAUACACCCACAUUGUGACUGACAUAAAGAAUAUAAAUGCCAAACACAAGAACAACAAAGUAAAUACGACGCUACAAAAUUUCAUGUAUACUAUGCUUAGGGACAACAAUGUGAUUGCUGCAAAGAUGUCUCUAGAUGUCAUGAUUGAGCUGUAUAGAAGAAAUAUCUGGAAUGAUGCAAAAACAGUCAAUGUGAUCGCUACAGUCUGCUUUUCUAAGGUUACCAAGAUUCUUGUCGCUGCGCUGAAAUUCUUUCUGGGAAAAGAUGAGGAUGAGAAGAAAGACAGCGACUCUGAAUCAGAGGAUGAAGGCCCCACUGCCCGAGAUCUAAUGGUCAGAUACUCUACUAGCAAGAAGAAUACAAAAAGCAAGAAGAAACUGGAGAAGGCUAUGAAGGUCCUAAGGAAACAUAAGAAGAAGCGAAAGCCGGAGAUAUUUAACUUUUCAGCCAUUCACUUGGUACAUGAUCCACAAGAUUUUGCAGAGAAGCUGUUGAAGCAGCUGGAGACCUCCAAGGAAAGAUUUGAGGUUAAGAUGAUGCUUAUGGAUUUGAUCUCCAGGCUGGUUGGAAUCCAUGAGUUAUUCCUCUUUAAUUUCUACCCAUUUCUGCAAAGAUUCCUCCAGCCGCAUCAAAGAGAGGUAACAAAGAUUCUUCUGUUUGCUGCACAAGCCACCCAUCAGUUGGUACCGCCGGAGAUUUCCCAGUCUGUGGUGAUGACGAUAGCCAAUAACUUUGUUACAGACAGAAACUCGGGAGAGGUGAUGACUGUUGGCAUCAAUGCGAUCAAGGAGUUGACAGCUCGAUGCCCAUUAGCAAUGACGGAAGAACUGCUUCAAGAUCUGGCCCAGUAUAAAACCCAUAAGGAUAAAAAUGUGUCCAUGUCUUCAAGAAGUUUGAUACACCUCUUCCGAUCAUUAAAUCCUGAAAUGUUGCAAAAGAAAUUCCGGGGAAAACCCACAGAAGCAUCGACAGAAGCGAAAAUCCAUGCAUACGGAGAAUUGGUUGCAAGAGACUAUAUUCCAGGGGCUGAGGUGCUGGAAGUGGAAAAAGAAGUGAAUGAAGGAGAAGAGGAUGAUGGCUGGGAAAGUGCAAGUCUCAGUGACGAUGACGAGGAUGGCGAAUGGAUUGACGUUCAUCACUCUUCUGAUGAAGAACAGCAGGAAGUUGCAGAGAAAAUCCAGGCGAUGCCAGUAGAAGAACGAAAAGUCAAGGCGGCAGCUGUCAGUGCUAGCAGACUGCUCACCCAGGAAGACUUCAAGAAGAUUCGGAUAGCUCAGAUGGCCAAGGAAGUAAAUGCUGCGCCGGGCAAAUCCGAGAAGAGGAAAAACAUCGAAAUUGACAGCAGCGAUGAAGAAAGAAAGGGCGAGCUGCUUUCUCUCCGCGAUAUUGAACAUCUGCAUAAGAAGCCAAAGUCUGAUAAAGAAACAAGACUUGCCACCGUUCUGGCUGGUAGGACAGACCGCAAAGAAUUUGUAAGGAAGAAGACAAAAAUGAAUCCUCAUGCCAGCACCACCAACAAGGAAAAGAAGAAAAAUAAAAGCUUCAUGAUGAUGCGAUACAGCCUGAAUGUUCGAUCCAAAAACAAACGUUCCUUCAGAGACAAGCAGAUUGCUUUGCGGGAUGCACUUUUGAAGAAAAAGAAAAGGCUAAUGAAAUAACCGAUGAAAGAACAUCAAAACAAAAAAAAACUGUGGUCUUCAUUUUUGUGUAACUCAAAAAUGAUUCUGUAUUCCAAAUGGAUGCACUGUGGCAUAAUUGACCAUUGACUAUGCCACCGCCACUUAAAUUCUGAAGCAUUCAAAAUUACCUCCUUCAUUAUAGGGAAAAUGUAUCGGUGUGAAGACCUAUGUGUAAAAAAAUGCAUCACUGAUCCUGAUUACAAAAACAACUGUAUUUUGCUGCAAAUGAAAAA